GCCUUUAUGAGCGUGUUGUACUCUGCUCUUGUCACAUGUUUACCUGAUUUUCUGUGUUGUUUAUUCGUGGCGUUACCUCUUCCCUAUUUAUCGCUUCUAAAUAUCACGACAGUCAUGUUUGCGUACGUUAGGUACUUGUACGACGACAUGCGCGUCGUUGUUUCUGCGAACACCAUCAAGAACUUUCCGUCCGACAUCGAUGUCACUGACUUCAACGGGAACACUGAAUACCCCGUGUACCCUGUUUACUGGAGAGGCGACAAGAAAACUCUCGGGGGCUACUAUGACGCACAAAUUAUCUUUCUGGCAGAUGAUGAAGACGACGCUAAGACUGGCGGAGAACGAAAACGACUUGGGAAAGCCCCUAGGCGGGAAAAAGAACCACAUCCGACGAAAGACAAAAAGACAAGCGCUGGAAAACGGAAGCAUAUGGAGCGGUGCAAACGUAGGCUGGAGCUCGGCCUUCUUGACGAAUUAGAUGAAGACGAUGAUGACUGCCUUGUACUACAGUCUGAAGGAAGGAAGGUGGAAAAACAGCUGGCACGCUGCCAAAGGGAGCUUCAUCGUUACAGAAAAGCUAACUUAGACCUCCAGGAAGCUCUGGCUGCAAAAGUGAUCGAGGCAGAUUUCCUGAGGACAUCACUUCACUGUGGUUGCUGCCAACGACAUGUGAUGCUAGGUGGUCAGGUCCACAAUCAGCCCGUAGUGGUCAGCAGCUUUGAAGAUUCUAAUGUCAAAAUCCACCCAGGAGCUACAGCCAGCAAGGGCGUUCUCAGGAGCUGCAACAAGCAAGGUCGUUGCCAAGCGGGUUGA